GGUGUUGUGAUAAGUAGCGUACACAGGCAAACAUAUUUACAUCUAAAAAUUAAUUUAUGCCCAAGAGUAGUUCAACUUUAUACAAUCGUCCGACACACAUCUGAAGUAGGAUCAACAGCUAACCAACAUCGACGCCGCCUUUAUUUAGUGUACCACAAAUACUAUUGAAUACUAUACUCUAUUCUACUUAACUUGAAAAUACAAUUAAUGAAUAAUAUAGCAAUUCAUAUACGUUUUAAAAAUAUUUGCAACUAUACGGAAAACUAAUUAGUGUUUAAAAUUUUUCAUCACAGAAACAAACAGUGAUAUACGAUAAAUUCUAGAAUUUUACAUGGAAUUUAAUUUUUAUUUUUCACAUCAUAUUUAUAAUGAAAUGAGUUAUAUUUUUUGCGGUAACUAAUGUACACACGUACCAAUAAUCAUAAUAAUCAUUUAUAACACAUGUAAAUUAUUUAUUUAUAUAAGUAAUACUGUGGAAGUAGCAUUAACAUGUAGUUCACUCACAAAAAUAGCAAGAACGAUCGUAUAUUGUUUGAUUGUCAUUAGUUUCGUUUGAUAUUGUACACAAAUAACAUCAUAAACAUCAAUUGUCAUGUCAUUAUUAACAUAAUUGUAUUUAUUAAAUCUGUAUGUUGUUAUUAUUUAUCAUAUAUAUAUAUAUUUAUUAUUAUUCAUCUUACAAUUGUGAUAACGACAAGGGCGACGCAGUACCGUAUACGGAUUUAUUAUUAUCAGCAAUAAAUAUAUAUAUAUAUAUAUGUCAUAUAUCUGCUGCAGUUAAGGUACGAAAUUAUUACCAAAAAUACCAAUCGAUUAUAAAUACUACGCAGUUAAGACGCUGGUUGAAAAGACAUCGUGAUCAUAAACAAUCAACACAAGAAAGAGAUAUUGCGAAGUUCAAGCGUUCUGAUUAAUUACCGGCAUUAUAUUACAUUAUUACUUAAUAAUACUGUUUACAUAGAAUAUCGUUAAUUUAUUCAUUAUUAGUGUAAGUGUGUAAUGACUGUGAUAUUCGGAACAAAUUCAAUACGUAAUUAAGAUAUGUCGCAACGAGAUACAGUUAUUCAUCUUGUCGCUGGCGGAAUUGCCGGUACUAUGGGCGCAAUAGUCACUUGUCCCUUGGAAGUUGUUAAAACUCGCUUGCAGUCAUCUAGUUCUAGCUUUCAUGCAUCUUCAACAGCUUUAGGACCUACUAUUAUACCGGUUGAUCUAUCAACCGGAACAACAACAACACCAGUCACAACAAUGAUGACAUCAACAUCGAAUUAUGCAACAAAAUGUGGAAAUAACAAUUCAAAUAAUAAUACUAAUAAUAGUAACUCUUCUAAUUAUUCAGUACCACAUCAAAGAAGACAACUAUGUACCGGUGGUUAUUCCAGGCACGUUCUUGUAUCUCUCUCACAUUGUAAUGUUACACCUUCACCGAAUUCUGGAAAUUCUGCAGCAGCUGGACAGUUGCAUUACAGUCACCCGUUGGCAACACCCUUAACGUCGCCACUUUUAUCAUCAACUUCAUUACCACCACAUUCAUCAUCUCCAACAUCACCAGGCCUCAUUUAUUGCUUGAGGUAUAUUAUCAAAUAUGAAGGUUUUAGUGCACUCUUUAAAGGCCUUGGACCAAAUUUAAUUGGCGUUGCACCAUCGCGUGCCAUCUACUUUUGUACAUACUCUCAAAGCAAGGGUUUUUUUAAUUCUUUUCUACCUCCGGAUAGUGCAAUAGUUCAUGUUUGUUCAGCAUCUUGUGCAGGCUUUACAGCAUGUACUGCAACAAAUCCGAUUUGGUUUGUGAAAACACGACUACAAUUAGAUAAUCAAGCAAACCGUAUGAGUACUAGAGAUUGUAUUAGGAGAAUAUAUCAACAAUCGGGAUUUCUUGGAUUUUAUAAAGGGAUUGUAGCAUCGUACGUUGGCAUAAGUGAGACCGUGAUACAUUUUGUCAUUUAUGAAGCAGUAAAAACUUGGUUAGUGACUCACCGAUCAAGUAGAGUAAUUUCUUCAAACAAUCACACCAAUUCUACUGGUCAUGUAAAUGAUAGCAAUAAUAGCAUUCAAAAUAAUAACAAAGAUGAUGAAAAUGAUAAUGAAAAACUAUCAACGAAAACAUCACGUGAUUUUUUGGAAUUUAUGGCAGCUGGUGCUUUAUCAAAAACUGUAGCAUCAUGUAUUGCCUAUCCACAUGAGGUAGUAAGAACAAGACUGAGAGAAGAAGGCACAAAGUAUUCAAGUUUCUGGCAAACAGUAAGUAUGAUAUAUAAUGAAGAAGGCUUCAAAGGAUUAUACCGUGGAUUAACAACCCAAUUAGUGCGACAAAUACCAAAUACAGCAAUUAUGAUGGCAACUUAUGAAUGUGUAGUUUUUAUUUUAUCUCGACAAUUUCAAAAUCAACCAGUAUUAGAUCAUCAUUAUCACCAUCAUCAUCAUCAUCAUCACCACCACCAUCAUCAUCAUCAUUAUCAUACUGAAUCUACGACGACAAAUAAUUCAGAUACAGCUUUCUAUUCGAAACAUUAGAUCUAAAUAGAUAUUCUGAAUCUAGAAUAUUUUUGAAUUGGUUUUAAUAAAAAAACUGAAAUUAAAAAAACAACUGAUAUAGCAAAACAAAAUUGUUAUUAUAAUUGUUGCUGUUGUUUGUUGAAUUUCGUGUGUAGAUAUGACGGAUAUAAAUGUACAGUUUUGAAAUUAUUGUAUUUUUUUUAAUAAAGAAAUAC